AUGGGCGCGCAACAGUCCAAGACUUCACCUGAAGAAGCAGCUCACAAGAAGGCUGUCCUCGAUGUUCUGCAGAGCCUAAAAUCGGAACUAAGUAACGAGUUUCUCAAGUCAGAUGCAGAUAAUGAAUUUGUCUAUGUUGAAAGCGAGAAGGGAACACUAUCCAACGGUCAGAUUACUAGACAGCCCGAACAGCUGGCUGUUGAACGUACCGAGGACUGGCAGUCUAAGCUACUUGCCGAUCCCAAGAACAGAUUAGCUCUCUCGGCCCUCAGUUCCGCGAAUCCGCGAGAUGUACUAGCUUCUCGCUCCGCUAAGAUUGCGGACCAGCAGGUAUUCAAUAUUCGCAUCCCGUUCGAAGGUGCUCCUAUAACGAACCAACGAUCCUCGGGGCGAUGCUGGCUCUUUGCUAGCACGAAUGUAUUCCGCGUCGCUCUUAUGAAGAAGUACAAUCUUGCAGAGUUCGAACUAUCUCAAGCCUACUUGUUCUUCUAUGAUAAACUGGAAAAAUCCAAUUUCUUCCUAGAGAACAUCAUUGAGACCGCCGAUCAAUCGUUAGACGAAAGAUUGGUUCAAAGAAUACUCGCGGAUCCUAUAAGCGAUGGCGGGCAGUGGGACAUGGUCUACAACCUCGUCGAGAAGUACGGUCUUCUGCCGCAGACGCUGUAUCCCGAUAGCUGGAAUGCUAUGACAAGCAGUACCAUCAAUUAUAUCAUUAUUGCCAAGCUGCGCGAAUAUGCAGUGAUACUUCGCAAGUUAGCUAAUAGCUCAGCGACAACCGCUUCGAGCUUAUCGGCUACCAAGGACAAGAUGCUGCGUGAGAUCCAUCUUAUCCUGACUUUAACCUUGGGACCACCACCUAGCACAACUGAUGAGUUUGAAUGGAACUUCUUGGACAAAGACGGCAGAGCGCGGACGGUGGUUUCGACCCCGCACCGCUUCUCUAAAGAUAUCUCGUCGCAAGAUUUCCGCAUUAGCAGCUCCACCAUCGCGAGUAUGGUGUCUUUAGUACACGACCCGCGUCAUCCACCCCUAAGCCUCAUGACCGUUGAUCGACUCGGCAACAUCGUCGGCGGUCGGGGCAUCACGUAUAUCAACGUGGAUAUGGAUACGUUGAAGCAAGCAUGCAUAUCUAUGCUUCGAAGUGGCUUACCGAUCUUCUUCGGCUCUGACGUCGGCAAGUACAGCGACAGAGCUGGUGGUAUCAUGGAUACAGACUUGUUCGACUUCUCGCUCGGCUUCAACGUCGAUUUGUAUAGGAGCCUAGACAAGGCGGCACGUCUACGUGUCGGCGAGUCGGCUAUGACGCAUGCUAUGGUGCUCACAGCGGUCCACGUCGAUGCUGAGGGCCGCCCAGAGCGCUGGCGUGUGCAGAAUAGCUGGGGUACGGAUGUUGGGUCUAAGGGUUGGUUUGUUAUGACGGACCGCUGGAUGGAUGAGUUUGUCUACCAGGCUGUGGUUGACCCGAGGUUCCUACCACGUAAGGCUAGGGACGUUCUGGGUCAGGAACCUAUUGUUCUGCCUCUUUGGGACCCUAUGGGUAGCUUGGCUUAA